GAGAAAGUGAACUUUUUCUGUAGUGCCUGCACUAGCGAGAUGCUUCUUUUUCUCUGAAAGAGAUCUGUUUGCAUACUUUUUCCCAUGGAGCAUUGCCAGUAAGUCUCCAUACACAGCUUGUCUCCUUAAGGAAAGCCAGUACCUCCUCGGAGCCCCAAUGUAGGUUCAUAUUCCAGUCAGCUGCUGCGGAGAAAAGCUAAGGCAAGGGAUUUCAUUUUUUUUCUAUUCUUCUUUUCUAGAAAUGCUACCUGACCACUUAUGUAGUCGCCAAUAUAGCCCCACAGUGGUUGUCACCCAGCUUUUCUCAAAUCUAAAAUGAUAAAUCUGCUUAGUAAUGCACAGACAAGAGGGGGUGUGGGCUUAACUAAACAGGUUUUUGUAUAUUAGAAAGCCUGGAGCGAGUAGAUUGUAUCUAUUUUGCUCUGAAAAGAAUAAUUUGUAGAGUGCAGCAUAAUGAAUUUAUUUGGCGCAGGAAGCGUAUUUCAGCUUUCAAAGCCCAGCAGAUGAAUCACUGACAGAUGUUGGUUCUGAACGCAGAUCAAGCCUUUUAGAAGGCUCAGUGUAUGUGUCAUUAACUUACUCAGAAGGGCUGGGCAUACAGUCAAGAGAGGGAAGAGUGACCUGCAUUUUACCAUUGCUGACAUUGUUACUGUGUUUUACGUGUACUUGUUUACAAGGGGCCCUUUAAGUAAAGAAACCCACAUAAAUGUUGGGCUGAGUUCACACAGAGGUUUUCGACGUGGAUUCAGUGCCUAAAAUCCACACGAAAAAUGCUUGCACUAUGACUCCAUUUCCUUUUUACGGUACAUUGGUAGAAACCAUGCCGGGAUAAAAAGAAGUGACAUGUCCAUUCUUUAAGGGGAUUCUGCAUGGAAUCCGUUUUCAGAGUUUGGUUAAAAACUGUCAAAAUCCAAAAGAAAUCGGAUUUUGACUCUGUAACAGACCAUACUUUGGACCUGGGUCUCAUUGAGGCGUGCACCGUUCUUUUCUGGACCCAGCAAGGGGUGCUGUAUUAUAAUUCUUUUUUUACAGACUAAAAACCCGGCCAAAAAUAGCGUUAAGACCACAGCGUCAGAAACUUUGAAUGAAAUCUGCAGAAGUUUGAAGCUGAUUUCGCCUAAAAUUUUUUAGCAAAUAAAAACCCUUCCCCAAAAUGGAGUCAGGACCUAGAGGAAUACUGAGUAGAAAGAGGAACAGCUCUGAAAUUGUACAAAAAGCAUUGGUAAUAUUCAGGGCGGCAGUGACCAUCAUGUGAUAACAUACCAGCGCUGCAUAGGGCUCCCAUACAAUUUGUCACACUGCUUGCCUUGUGCUUUUCUUUCUCUUGGAGGCUGGGGACUUGGCUUGUCCAAAAGUAGUAACAGAUUUAUUUCAUCUUAGGAAUGCUGUGUUCUUUGUGCGUAUGGUGAUAUUCCAUCACAUAACUAUCUUGCACGUUGCAGGCAGGUGAAAACAGGGGGAUUUUGCUUGAGCUGAAGGCUGUUUUGGAAGCGAUUCAGAGAGAACAGAGGAGAGGGGAAGAAAUGGACUGCUCUUCUCCUGCAGUCUCUAAAUGAUCAAUGUGGGUGGGAGAUUGGACGGACACAGCCCAAGCAGGACAUCUCCAAGCUGGAAUCUAUCACUACCACAACAUGUGCCAAUCCGAGUUAUCCUAACAACCAGAAGGACACAAAGACAGAGAAAUCAGAGCAGAAACAGUGGCUGGAAGACAACCCUGCUGAAGCCAUGGAGCUCAGGACACCGUUAGAGAAUAAUGAAUGGAAUUGGAAUGUGGAAAAGAUGGAGAUGUUAGAAAGAUUUGACAGUGAGAGGAAAGAAUGGGAAUGUCAGUGGAAAAUGAUGCAAAAAAAGAUAGAAGAGCUGUAUCAGGAAGUCAGAUUAAGAAGGGAGAAGAACUUGAAUGGGGCUGAAGACAAACUGGAAGAAAAAAUGCUGCAGUUCUCCAUGCCGUUUUCACAGGAUGAACCUUUUAGAACAACAAAUUUGGCAACACAAAAUCAUGUGGGCAGCAUCAAACCUGACAAAGGUGACAAAAUAUGGCUUAAUGACUAUUCUCAUACCAAGACAGAGCUCAAAAAACCCAACCACAAUCAACAUGUCUGCAGUGUUGAAUCUGAAAAGAGCAUUGCCCAAAAAAUGUCCAAGAUGGAAAAUGACACCCUCAAUGAUGCAUUGAAAGAGAUUGCCAGAGUAAGUGAAGAACUGUGUAAAUACCAGGAUGAAAUCCGGACAAGAACUGUCUGCAAAAAAGCUGUAUCCGAUUCAGUUGUUGGAGAAUCCGAGAGAAAUCUUCACAUGAAAAGAGACAGAAAUCACACAUCUUGCCCUAAAGUGUCUACAAACAAACAAAAGGACUGUGUAAGAAGCAGCAAAACCUCACAAGUCUCCUUUUCAUCUACUGAACCAUCACAACAGCAAGAAAAAGUUGACCGGUCUCAAGGCAUUGCAUUUUCUUCCUUCAAUUUUUCAUGGCCUUUAUCAGACUCUCUGUUUCAGGAUAAGAUUCCAGUCAUAAAUGAAAAUGUAGUUCCCAUCACAAGCAAGAAAGUCACUAAUGACAUUGAACUAAACAGCAAUGAUGGGGAGCAUUGCCAUCUGGAAUGGUUAUGUGGUAUCGGAGGGCUUGAAGAUGGGAAUUUUACAGAGUCUUUGUUUAAUAGUUUUACAGAUAUUAACAGUUUUACUCCAGAAAUGAACAAACAAAAUGUUUCGGUGUCGCAAAAUCACAUUUUCAACUCGGAUAGUGUAUAUCCGGAUGUGAUAAUGUUAGGACAUUCCACUGUAGGCUCUGCAUAUAGAUAUGGAAAUACAAUAAAGAAUGGAAAAUUAGCAGCAAAGAUUGAUGAGUUCAACAGAGUAGUAUUUAAAACUGGCAAAGGAAACGCAGUAAGCCAUGAUGAAAUGUCAAUGGAUGUGGCACUGGAUACAGAUGAAGAACAUUUAAGUCCCCCAGUGUCCCACCAUUCAACUACUGGAAAAGGUACAAAGCCACUUAUUGUAACUGAGAUACGAGAACCACUUUGUACUGUUAACCCAUCUAAUAAUGGUACCACAGUGGAGAAACCUACAGCUCAAGUAUGUCAACAGACAAAUGUACCUCAUACUGCGAGUAGUUAUAAGAGCACACUACAAAAACACAACUGGAAAUAUAUCAAUUUGUCCGGACGUCCACGGUCAGCAGACUCUAGAUCCAACUAUGGGGUUGUGGAAAAGCUUCUGAAAAGCUAUGAGACCAAAGUUGCUGCUCCUACUUUUAAUUGUCAGCCAUCAGUAAGCAAAUGGACCCAGUCAGACUUCUUGCUGCCCGAUAACAGCUCUGAAACAUUGACUCAAUGUUUAGAGGGGCUUCAGCUUGAACAAACAGCAAAAGUUAUACCGAAUGACAUUCACUGGUUAUCACAUCAAGACUCCUUAAGCCUAAAGCUGCCUGAGGUAUCAAGAGAAACUUCAAGUGAGAAAGGAUUUUCACGUCCUGCGCGGCCAUCAAAUCAACGUCCACCUUCUAGAUGGGCUUCAGCAAAAUCUCCCUCAAUGCCUGCAGUGGCUUGGAGAGCCACUGACUAGUAUCUACCGUAUGCUGUUGACAGACCACAUUAUAAAUUAUGCUGUGGCUUCCAUUGUAUACAGCUGAUUCCAACGUGGGACUUUUGAAACAAAGAGGCUUACGUGGCACUUUUCAUGGUGGAUUAUAUAUAGUAUGAUAUGCCGAAACGGCGCUGAUGGAAGGCAGCUGUGUCGUAGACAAAUAGGACACUGGAAAUAAUACCACACUUUUAAUAUUACAUUUGCAGCAUACUUGUUAAAGGAGCCAUCAUACAUGAAUGUCAUGGAAUUAACCCAAAAGGGAAUAUGUGAUGUCAUCAUGUGCUCUUUUAACAAUUGUGCUGGCGUAAAGCUAUGAUAGUAUGCGUAGUAUUUCAUACUGCCAUGUCCUCAGUAUCUGACUUCAGUGUUUAUGACUAGCAGAAACAUAUUUCUGUACUUUUUAUAUGUCUUUGUUUUUUAGAUAUUUUAUGUUGACUUUUAUUAUGAAAUCUUUAGUAGACUUUUGUACAGUUCCAUUUUGUUGAAUGCGUUCACCAUCAGUUGUUAUCCUAUGCAUGUAACAUGUUCAUAAUGCAUGUUUCUAAAUUCAGGGUGUACUGUGUUUAGACAUUGUUGACGUAAUAUACACAUACAAACCACGUAUACACAUCAGAGCAUACACUCAUUAGUUCAUCUACUUCAUCUUUCAUGUGUAAAAAUAUCCAAUACUGUAUGUAUUCUAGAUUCUAGAUUCAUUUUCUACUCACCUAAAGGUAUGCUUUCUAUUGUAUAAAGCAUCAUUGCGUAUGAUAAGUCUGGUUAUAAAUGGCAUGUAUCUCUGUUGAUAUACUUGCUGUAUGAUCUUCAGUUCCUCUGAUGGAAGGUCCACUAUGGAUAUAGAGGAACUCCUGUAUAGAUCCUAAAAGGCUUUUCAGUAGCUAAUAUCUAUAUUUCAGCCUGGAUCCUUUACAAAUCCUUUAGGAGAUGUUUUGAUAGGCUGGAUGAUCAAUUCUGGUGUCGGAUUCUUUAAAAAAUCUGGAAAAUGCACACCGGUUUAUCCUUGUGCUGCACAAGAAGAGCUAAUUCUGUUAAAUGGCUUGUUUUUAUAAUGAUGGCUUUUUAUGUGCAGAGCCAUUCCAAAAAUGUAUUUAUCUCAUGACAGGACCAUUAUGUUUUAAUUGCCAUACGGUAGUCUCUUAGUAGUCCUAGUUCUGUUGUGUGGAUCCAUGGUUUUCCAGUGAAAGUAAAGAUAUGAGGAUUUCCUGAUAAUUAUGGGAUGCUUGAUAUGGAGUUUCUUUUAAUGUGUUUGUGUGUACAGUAAAGAGGAGGAAGGACUAGAACUUAUGUUACUAGCAUCAAUACACGGUUAGCAUGUUUCUCAAUAUCUUUCAGCCAAUGCCAACCUGUGUUGACUGAUAUAUUAGACGUACAGUUAUAAACUUAUCCUGGAUUUUGGCAUCAGCUUGCUUACAAACAUAUUGCAUCAGUAGCUCCAAGGAAUAUGAUACUUUGGUGCCAAGGAUCCUACUAUGCACCUCCAAAAGUUUUUUUUUUUUUUUAUCAUCUCCAGUUACAUUUCCUGUUAAAGUGAAGCAGCAUCUUACUUAUGCUCUGAUGCUGUAAUAUGUACUAAUAUUUCCUUUCAGGUACAUAUGAUUUAAUUUGUAACAUCUAGCACCAGAGAUUGUACUGAGAACCUGCCACCUCAAUAUGCAGUGCAGGGACAUGCUAUAGCUGAGCAGAUUUAUAUAUAGUUUUGAGGGAAAAGAUUCUGUCAAAUGUGUAAUUUAUACAUUUAUAUCUCUACUCUUUCUGACUUUAGUUGUACACGGGGAGGAGUUAUCAGUGAUUGACAGCAUUCCCUGUAAGUGUGCAUACACAGAUAGCUGUCAGUCACUGAUGGCUGUACAAGGUUAGGUAUAAUCAGUGAUUUUUUGCGUUACCUGUGGAAGUCUGUAUACAGAGAUAGCUGUCAGUCACUGAUAGUUGUACAAGGUUAGGUAAAAUCAGUGAUUGAUAGCAUUGCCUGUGUGUAUACAGAGAUGGCUGUUAGUCCCUGAUAGUUGUACACAGGGACAGACUUAAGUGUAGAGAUUAAAAUAUGAAAUUACAAGUUUUGCUGAAUCUUUUCCCACAAAGCUAUAUAUCAAUCUGUUCUGCAUCUCCUGCUCUAUAACAUGUUGUCUACAGAUAUCUUUGCAUUUUGUAUUAAGAAACUUUACAUAUACAAGAUUUUAAGCCUUUAAAGGGGAUCUUCAGGAUUUUCAUAUUGACAGCCUAUCCUUUGGAUAAUUCCUAGGAUAGGUCAUCAAUAUAAGAUUGGUGAGGUCAAUAUUCAGGCACUCCCACCGAAGUGUAAGGGAUCAGUGCUGCAGUAACCAGCGCCAUCCAAUACACAGUGUUAUAGGUUGAUAUUUCUUGGCGAAUACAAGUAUUUACUAAACUACACGUCAGAAGAAAAAUAAAUGAUAUUUUGAAUGAUAUACAUAACAUGUAAAAGGCAUUAUAAUUGGAAAUGAGAUGAAAAGAAAAUCAUGAGAAUUAAAUAUUAUACACAUUUUAAAUUUAUACUGUUGUUGGGCACUUCACAGUUGAUCCUAUAUAUUCUGCUUUUUAAAACCUGAGUAGCAUUUUGUGUUUAGGUCUCAUAUUGGUAUGGUCAAAUUAAAAUGUAGAGGGGGAAAAAUGAAAGAGAAAAAAGCCAAGUUGUACUUUACCAAUUGAAAUGAACCAAGGACAAAGAAUAUUCUACAAAUAGUACUAGUGUAGCUAUUUCCUGGAGCCCUUACUAUUCCCCAUCACAAAUCCAUCAACAACAUAGAGAUGACCAUUUAUAUACACUUUCCCUUCAUCAAGUUUAUGUGAUAUCUACAGCUCU